AUGCAUAUUAUUAAUGCUUUUAAGACUUAUAUUUGGGAAUAUACAUUGAUAAAUUAAGUCAAAAUUUCAGUUUUGAAGUAUAAAAAAUAAGAAUUGCUUAAAACUAAGUGGCCUUACUUUAUCAAUUUAUGUCGGCUUCAAAUACUCUUAGCUUUAAUAUAAUUAUUGGUCAAUUUCUUAUUAAUUGAAUCAAAUAAUAAUAAUUACAAAACUUUGCUUAUUGAUCUUGGAAUAUCUAUAUUUAUUAAUAUUAUUGAUAGAUGCUUUUUAAAUAGACUUACAAAUAGAAAGAAAUUUGUAUUAAUUAUUCUUUUAAAUUUCUUUUAAGGUAUUUAUACUGGAAUUUCAGAGAAAUUUAUUAAUGAUAAUCAAUUUCUCUAAUUCAACCAACAAUUUUUAAUACAUUUUAUGACUAAUAUUAUGUGGAUGAUUGCUUUAAUUAGUACAUAACCUCUUUUUAUGUUUAAGAUAGUAAUCUUUCUAUUUUAUUAUUUCAUCACUUGUUAUUAUCUUUCUGUAUGGAAGACUGCAUUUUAUGAUUUUUCUAUUGCUAUACUAAUUUUCAUUAUUUAUACAAUCUAGGAAGAAGAGAAAUUUAGAAAACUUAUUUGCAAUUAAAUUAUUCCUAAAUAAAUAAUAAGUUCAUUACCAUAACCAAUUUUCUUAAUUAAUUUAUCAACUCUAGAAUUUGUUAUCUAUAAUGAAAUGUUUAAAUAAUAUCUUAAUUCUUAAAAAGAUGAACUUGAGAUCACUUCAAAGAAAAUGCUAACUUAAUUUCAACCUUAUGGAAAUUAACAAGUAUUUAAUGUAAUUGAUUCUGAAAAAUUAAAUUUGUUUGAAACGAUAUAAAUUAUCAAACUUAAAGAAGAUGAAAUUAAAUAAAAUGUAAAUUAUUAAUAUAUUUUAAAUGAUAAAGAAGUUUAUGAUGUUAGAUUUCACAAUAAUAUUAUUUAUAAUGAUAAAAAGUGUUUAUUAGUUUGUUUAUCAGAUAUUUCAGCUAUAAUUGAAAAAACUAAACUAACUGAAAGAACCAUUCUGAAAAGUAAAUUAAUAAAAUCAUUAUCACAUGAACUUCGAACUCGAAAAAAUAUUAUAUAAGGUUUAUUAAAAUUGUAUUUAGAUAAAAAUAAUGAUGAUUAAAAUAAAGAAUUAAUUUUUUAAGCUUAUUAUAAUUCAAAAAUAGAAUCAAAUAUUAUAAGCUCAAUUAUUAAUUAUAAUUUAUGUUUAGAUGAUUAAGUAAUUAUAAAAUAUUAAUUGAUUAAAGUAAAUGAUAUUCUAGAUAAAAUUACUGAUAAUUUUAAAUAUGAAAUACAAUCUAAAUAAAUUAAAAUUGUAGCAAAUUAUCAUCCAGAAACAAAUCAUACUUUAUUUACUGAUCCAGAUAUAUUUGAAUAAAUAAUUACAAAUAUAAUCAGUAAUUCUAUUAAACAUUGUGAUAAAUAGAAUUAAUCUAUAUUAUCAAUAUCUGUUUGUAAAGAAACUCAUCCUAUAGUAAAUUCUAUUCUAAAUGCAAAUAAUCCUUAUAAAUCAUACUUAUAAAGAAUGUCACAUUAUUCUUCAUUUCAAAGUGUACAGGAUUACAAUAUUGCUUCAUUUGAGACUACAUUAAAUAUUAAGAUAGUUGAUAAUGGUUCUGGAAUAAAUUUUUAAAAACUUAAGCUGAUAGAAGAAAUUUUAAACAAUGAAAACUAUUAUUAAUUUACAUCUUCAUCAUCAGAUGGAUUUUAUCUAGGUUUGAGGUCAUGUAAUCUUUUACUUUAAAAAUUAAAUAAAUAAUCAAAAGUCAAUAUUUAUAUUCGUUCAACAGAGAAAGAAGAAACUGAAGUUAUCUUAAAGUUUAUUAUUCAUAAUUAAAUUAAAGAAUUCGACUACUCAAUUGGAUCUGAGGAUAGUAUUUAAUAAAUAAGAAUAUAAAAAAAAAUUGAAAAUAAAUGCGAAUGUUUAUAAUAUAUUAUGAUUGUUGAUGAUGAACCUUUUAACAAUCUUGUAUUAGAAUAAAUAUUAAAGUCUCUUAAAUUUAAGGUAGUAAAAGCAUAAAAUGGAUUGGAAGCAUUACAAUUAUAUAGAGAAUAGUAUAAUAUUUGCGAAAUUGAUGAAUGUAAACUGUUUUAUGCUAUUUUUAUGGAUUAUCAAAUGCCUUAAAUGAAUGGGUUGGAUUGUACAAAAGCAAUAAUUGAUGAAUGUAAUAAAUUAAAAUAAAUAUAAACUAAUAUAAUUGGAUGUACAGCAUUUUCUGCUAAUGAUGAUAUUAAUGACUUAUUAAAUGCUGGAAUGAAAUGUGUAUGUAUCAAACCUAUAAGUUAAGAUUCGAUCAAACAAAUACUAUCUCAUUUAUAAUGA